AGGAUGGUGUGGCUCCUGGAUCAAGAGUAUGACAGGGAACACCGGGCUGUUCAUAUGACGGAGAGGACAACGGAUCUUCACCCUUUGAAGAUUCGUUACCAUGGCACAGUGGAUAUACCGUAUGACGAGAGGUACACGGAGCACAUCGAGCCUACCGGUCUUCUCCAGUUCAUAUCCCUUGUAAGCCGUGGGGGGCCGAAUAUGAACGCCGCGGCACUCACCGCUCUUGUCGACCGGUGGAGGCCGGAGACGCACACCUUCCACUUGAGGGCCGGUGAGAUGGCCCCUACUCUCGAGGAUGUUUCCAUGAUCCUUGGACUACCUAUUCAGGGCGAGCCACUGUGUAUGAACACAGCUUCUGAUGGGUGGCGCCAGCAGAUGGAGGCGCUUAUUGGCAUGGAUCCUCCGGCGCCAGCAAAUCCAAAGGAGAGAGCUCCCGCCGGCGCAGCUUUCUCUUGGAUCAGGCUUAACUUUGCACAAUGCCCUGAAGGGGCCAACGAGGACACUAUCAGGACGUACACCCGCGUGUACUUGUGGUACAUGAUUUCGAGGACUCUCUUUCCUGACAGUGGGGGGAAGCUGGCCCAUUGGUGUUGGCUGAAGGCGCUUACGGUGUUGGAGCACCGGUGGAGUUGGGGAACAGCGGCACUUGCCUACCUCUACCGGCAGUUGGACGAAGCUUGUCGCAGGACUGGGAGCAGGACUGGGAGCGGCGGUAUUGGUGGAUGCAUGCUCCUACUUUCCGUAUGGAGCUGGGACCGCCUAUCAGUUGGGCGGCCUAGGACACUCACCGAGAGGCCAUGGCCUCAUCACCAUGAGAACCUUGAUCGGGAGCCGACUUGGGCAUACCUUUGGGACAAUGUCUCGGAGAUGACGAGCGAUCCAAAGAUCAUGUACAGGCAGUAC